CUUCCUGACAUGUGGGAAAGAACCAUUACAAUUGGAUCUGCUGGCAAAACAUUUAGUAUGACUGGCUGGAAACUUGGAUGGGCAUAUGGCCCAGCUAAUUUCAUAAAAAAUCUAGGUGUUAUUCACCAGACUGCAAUUUAUACAUGUGCGACAACAAUUCAAGAAGCUGCUGCAAGAGGAUUUGAAUACGAAAUUAAUGCUCUUAAUACACCGGAAAGUUAUUUUCAAAAUUUGUCAAAAGAGUUGCAACCAAAAAUGCAAUAUCUUUUUAAAAUAUUACAAAACAAUGGCCUCCAUCCAAUUAUGCCUGAUGGAGGAUAUUUUAUGAUUUCCAACUGGACGAAGUUUGAAAAUAAAUUAGAUUUAAGUUCAGAAACUGAUAAAUACAAGGACUUUAGAUUUGUUAAGUGGCUCUCUAAGAAUGUUAAGCUUCAAGGAAUACCAUUUUCAGCAUUCUACUCAGAACCGCACAAAAAGAUGGCUGAAAAUUAUCUACGAUUCUGUUUUUUUAAAAAAAAUGAAACUUUGAACAAAGCAGAAGACAUUUUAACAGCAUGGACUCGCAGUUUAACAGAACAAAAGUCUAAACUUUAAAAUAUUUUGUAAAGAUGACAAUAAAAAAAAGAUUACCUAUCAAAUUUUAUAAUUAGUAAAAAUUACACUAGUAAAGUAUCCUAUUUGUAGAGUAUAUCAAUUAAAAUUAAUAAGUAGUUGGUAUUCAUUUUUA